GACCUCCUCUCAUCCAGACUGCAUGCAGUUUGGCAUUAAAAUGUUUUCGGUACCACCAACCAUCGUGUUGUUACACAUUUGAGAUGGCAGAUACAUGUUGAGCUGUUUCAACCAACCGCGGCCGCAUAUCGACGACCUGGACUGACGGACAACAACCUCGCGGCUGUUCAUUUUUGACGGUUGUGUCCCCAGAAAAAAGGAAAAGAAGUGCAUCGCUCCGGUGGGCAAGAGACGCUAGCUAACGUCAGGCAGGUCGGACGGCGGCGAGGCCCCAACCGGACGGGAACACGGGGCAACCAUGGCCAACAUCGCGGUUCAGAGGAUAAAACGGGAAUUCAAAGAGGUCCUCAAAAGUGAAGAGACGAGCAAGAACCAGAUAAAGGUGGAUCUGGUGGAUGAGAACUUCACAGAGCUGAAAGGGGAGAUAGCAGGGCCACCUGACACACCGUAUGAAGGUGGUAGAUAUCAACUAGAAAUUAAAAUCCCAGAGACGUAUCCAUUCAAUCCACCCAAGGUGCGGUUUAUCUCAAAGAUCUGGCAUCCCAACAUCAGCUCAGUCACAGGUGCAAUAUGUCUGGACAUUCUCAAAGACCAGUGGGCGGCAGCGAUGACUCUGAGGACAGUCCUCUUGUCACUACAGGCCUUAUUGGCAGCUGCAGAACCAGAUGACCCACAGGACGCAGUAGUAGCCAAUCAGUACAAGCAGAACCCAGAGAUGUUCAAACAGACAGCGAGGCUCUGGUCUCAUGUCUAUGCAGGAGCUCCCGUCUCCAGUCCGGAGUACACACGCAAAAUAGACAAACUCUGUGCCAUGGGCUUUGAAAAAAAUGCAGUAAUAGUGGCAUUGUCGUCGAAAUCCUGGGAUGUGGAGACGGCGACAGAGCUUCUGCUCAGCAACUGAAUCUUGACACCCUGCUUCAUCUUCCUCUUGAUCCCUAUCUCCCCAACUCUCUCACACACACACACACACACACACACACACACACACACACACACACACACACACACACACACACACACACUUACU